AUGUCGAACUUCAUCAACAACGACCAUGUCCCUCCACGCCGACAGCUUGAUUCUGAGAUGCAAUUCGCAGCAUCGAGCAUGACUUUGUAUGCGCGUGCACACCCGCACAAUCUAUGCUCUGAUCCAGCCCUCUGCCUUAUCCCGCGGGCGAAUCUCAGAAGAAAGAACCGUUGGGGGAAUGGUAACGAGAUGUCAUUGGCCUCGCUCUAUGCCAUUCCCUCUGGAGGUAUAGGCUCCCCCUCUACAUGCAGGUUUCCUCUCUCGUGGAUAUUCGUGCGCUGUAUCGACGCCGUCGUGUUGAACAUUGCCUUAAGAUCAUUUGAUUCUUCUGUGAUUCAUGUUCGCGACUCCGCUCCCUCUUCCCACUUCAGAAUUGUCGUCAUCAUCGAAGCCAACGAGGAGAGACGCAUUGCGGUGCUUGCUGUCUCUGCGAGUCCUGACUCACAUCUGCUAAGGACCGCGGUGUACGGCUGA